AUGCCGUACAGGAAUGUGAAUAUCUAUGAGUUGCCGAUGGAUUUGGUGCCCUUAGACUCUGACCUGUUGUCCAUGGAAUUGCCCAAUGCUUUCAGUGAUGUUGAGUUGCACGGCGAUGACACCCCCUUGUAUUACGCUGCAAGAUCGUUGGUGAAACUGCAGGAAGUCUACGGAGUGAUACCCACGAUAUGCGGGAAAGGGAAGAGUGCGAAGCUGGUGGCCGAUAUGGUGAAACGUAUGAUUGUGGAACAAGGU